AUGAGUGCGCACGAUACUGCGUCUAGUUCUGGAAGUGCAUCUCCGGGAACUUGGUCUUCGGCCCCUAUGUGGCGUUCCACGCCGAGUACGAAUGCUGCUGCGACCUUAUCCAAUGAGGAUUUCAUGCCGACACUCGACUUUCCUAGCAUGCAAGACUUGCCUUUACGUGAGAUGCAGCCCAUACUGACAAUGUCGCGUGGACGACAUGCAGCUACGAGCUCUUUGUCUACGAUCCCCUCAUUCGACUCACGUUCCAACCUGUCCACGUUCGAUACGGGAAUAGCUGCAGGAACGAGUCAGCCUCGCGGUCGCGCCCGUGCGGGCACCUUGCCUUCAAGUUUUGAUGCGACCGCACCGGGUGUGCCAAUCGCUGGUCUAAAGGAACAGAGCAGUCAGGCCCCAAUCGGCGGUACAGAGCAUCUCGGCAUACCGUCACUCAACGAUAAUAAUGGAUUCCCUUUUUUCACUGGAACCGAUGAUACAGAUGCUCUCGGACAGACGCAGGAAAAUUCGUUAGCCAAGACAUUGGACUAUUUGGGCUUAAGUGAUGAGCCGCGCAUCCUUCCCUUGCCUCGGGAUCGCGCUCGAACAGAUGCUGCCAUGAUGAAUAUGAGAUAUAAUGACUCGAUCCCAUUAAGUACGUAUCGCUUCCUGCACCCACAAGGACCCUCCCAAGUUGUUCCAACUGCGCCUUCUAUGGCCGCGGCUUUAGGCCCUGCGCCGCGGCUUAUUUCCCGCGCUCCCGGCUAUGGUCGUGCGAGGUCUGGUACCGUUGCAGCGAUGAGUGGACCUGACGGGCGGCAGCGAACAGAAACUGAGCUUCAGCGCGCAUUCGGUUUGUUGUCAUCUGAUGCGCAUACCACGCGACUUCGAAGCAAUUCGAUGCAUUUGCUCUCCGGCUCAACGCGCAAAGACUCGGAAGAAUGCUACUUAUGUAUAACGCGGUUAAGUACACAAGUAACCACCCGGCUGCUUCUUCGUUUGUUUGAGCCGUAUGGUCUAAUAAAAGAUAUAUUACUAUUUCCUCAGCAUGGCGCUGCGCUUAUUCAAUUCGAGGAGCCUUCGCACGCAGAACAGGCAGCUGAAGCGGGUGCUACAUUUAUUGGUGCCUAUUUGAUGGAAUGCCUCGGUGAUCAAACGGUAUUGCCUCAAUUUUUGGCAAACUCUGGUGCAUUACCCGACAGCGCCAUUGAGGGCGAGCCGAUAAGCACGCGUGUCGUGGAGGUAUCACCUGUACCGCCUGGCAUAACUCAUGCUGACUUGAUGCAUCUUUUCAGUAUCGCCGGACCUAUCGAACAUAUUUCUUUGAAAGCUAAUGUCUCGCAAAUUACGUACGACAGCGCGGAGGAGGCUCGUAUGGCUUUGCAGCUCAAUGGCAGCUUGCCUUUUGGUGGCACCUGGCCGCUGUGCGUGUUUUCCGUGCCGGAGGAGAAAAUAUGGCCCCUUCGGCAACCACGUACUAUGCGUGUUGGUGGUUCUGGAACUAUGGUGCCUAGCAGUGACAAAGGGGGUGUACCAUUACCUUCAGAUCUUACACCUGCGCCCGAUUCUGAGAUGCAGCAAGCCCUGCUAAAGUUACUUCACUUCCAACAGGGUGAAGAUCCUGAAAUGCAGACGAUGGACUCACCCGUGGAGCAUACGUACGCAAUAAAUAUACCAAUGCCUGCAGAUGGCGGUCGUGCCAGUCGACGUAUGGACCAUGCAAAGUACCGUGAAUUGCGCAAGACGCUUGAGGCGCAUCAAUUGAGCCAAGAAGAAGUCGAUAACGUCGCGCGUGAGCAGCUCUCGGUGAUCGUGGAUCUCGCGCGCAACUACAUCGGCAAUACGGUCGUUCAGCGUUUCUUCGAACAAUGUUCCGAGACCGUCAAGACAGAGAUGCUUGAAAGACUCGCGCCACAUCUUGCUUCUCUCGGUACGCACAAAAAUGGAACAUGGGCGGCUCAAAAAAUUAUUGUCUGUGUACGAACAGAGGAGCAGCAAGACCUGAUUACCACGCAUAUGCAGCCGUACGUGCCGUCGUUGCUUCUGGAUCAGUUCGGGAAUUAUGUUGUGCAGUGCGUGUUGCCCUUUGGUUUUCCCAAGGCUGAUUUUAUUAUGGACGCCAUGGUGGAUCGAUGCUGGGAAAUUGCUCAAGGUCGUUUUGGUGCUCGCAGCAUGCGUACGUGUCUGGAGCACCCUGGCAUGCCUCGGAAGCACAUUAAGCGUGUGGCUUUGGCGAUCAUUCUGCACUGUGUCCCACUCUCGACUUCGCCCAAUGGCACACUCUUGCUUACAUGGCUUUUUGAAUCGUCAGGCAUGUCAGGUAUCUCUCAGCUUAUCGCCCCACGCUUUAUACCGUACAUGCCGCUGCUGUGUACACACAAGCUGGCAUCAGGCAUCGUGCUGCGCAUCAUGAUGCAGGCGGACGAUUUGGAAUCCGCUCGCCUGCUUCUUAACGCGCUGUUUGAUGUGCCUCGCUUCCAAGUGCUCGAAGAAAUACUUCUUGAUCCUGUCCACGGUGUUCUUCUGGUAGGCCGUGCUCUACUGAGCCCCGCGCUCGAUGCAGAGGCGAAAGCUAGCUUUACACAGGCUGUGUCUGAACUCUUGCAAGCAAAUGACCUCUUGCAAGUGCGAGCCUAUCAACGACUGGCUGAUGAAUUGAGCUCCCUAACUUUCCAUGGCACUCAGCUGCCACUGGUUGGGCUACAGCGUUCCCCACCGGGUUUGAUGUACCCGGUUGCUGCCUCCCUUCAGCCGCAAAUAUGA